AUGGAAAAAUCAUCGUCGAAUCGUUCUAUAAGUAAAAAAAGUCUGUCUACAGAAGUGAGUAUUGAAUGUAAAAUUUGUGGAGAAUUUGCUAAAUAUUCACAUUUCGGCGUCGUUUCAUGUAAUCCAUGCAAGAUGUUUUUCAAAAGAAAUGGUGAACACGGAAAAGAUGCUUUGAAAUGUCCUUAUAAUGGUCAUUGUGAAAUAAAUAUUAAUAAUCGUCAUGUAUGCUCAUAUUGUCGACUAUCCAAAUGUUUUGAUUGUGGAAUGCAAACAGAAUUGAUUCGAUGCUCGUACUCAAAAAAAGAUAAAACGAAUCAAAAAAGCGCAUCAGUGGCAGAUGCAGAGCCAGUAGUUGCAUUAAAGAAGUUAACACCGGUGAAACGUUUUAUGUUUGAACAAAGUUCUCUACCAAAUUGUUCUAAACAUUUCAAUGCUGUUAAACCAAUUACUCAUUGA